CCGGCUGGGGGGCAGUCGGCCAGUGGCCUCGGAUCUGUCCGAGGAAGCGGUUGCCCCGCGGUACUGCCGGCGCCAUGUCGUUCUGCAGCUUCUUUGGGGGCGAGGUUUUCCAGAACCACUUUGAGCCAGGUGUCUAUGUGUGUGCCAAGUGUGGCUACGAGCUCUUCUCCAGCCGCUCAAAGUAUGCACACUCGUCCCCGUGGCCGGCCUUCACUGAGACCAUUCAUGCUGAUAGUGUGGCCAAGCGUCCGGAGCACAAUUCGCCUAAAGCCUUAAAGGUGUCCUGUGGCAGGUGUGGCAAUGGGCUGGGACAUGAGUUCCUGAACGAUGGCCCCAAGCCGGGACAGUCCCGCUUCUGAAUAUUUAGCAGCUCGCUGAAGUUCAUCCCGAGAGGCAAAGGAACUGCCUCUCAGGAGCCGUAGGCGGGCAGCACAUACUUACUCUAGCCGGACACUGUGCUGUGGCCGCUCUCCGGCCGUCCAACCUCGGAAUUGGAACCCCAGACAUCCAGACGGGGCGGGGAGGGGGGCUGGCUGAAGCGUCAGGAUCUCGGCUCUGCACAGCUUCUCCUGAAGGCACUGCUCUGGCAGGAUGGCCCACGCCCUGCUGCCCCGGGGUGGGCCCGGAGGGCUCCGCUCACGUGGGAGUCUCAGGGAGGUGGGCUGGAAGCCUAGCGGGUCUCUGCAUGACGGUACAACCCCACCUUCUCUUCUCCGCAGCCCCCUGCCCCCUCCCCGUCUGUCUGGACUCACCCCCGGGGGACCCGAUUCUGAGCCUGGCUCUGGCCCUCGCCGAAGCUCAUUCCCAUCUCCCCCAGGCUGGGCCGUGAGGCAGGGUGCGGAGGGAGGCAGCCCUCGCCGGCUGCUCCGGCCCUGGUCACUACAUGAUUCACUCUGGUCAAAGCCUUCCAGGCAGCCAGAGUGGUGAUGAUCUGUGACGGCUGGCGGGGCAGGCCGGGGGCCAGACUUCUGGUCUCCCAGUUACGAGAGGAGAGAUCCUGAACCCGGUUUCACCACCUUGCCUCACUCGGGCUUAGGAAAGUGGCUGUUGCUCCAUUUCCUGGAUUGUGCAAGGCCGGGGCCCACAGCCCGCACCUUCCCGGGAAGCAGCGACUGUGCCUUCCUGUACCCGCUCUGAAGCCCUUGCUGUCCGGGAAGGUGGGUGAUGCCGAAGCCCCCUCCCGUCUUAACUCCUGUCUCGAGUAAUCAGGAGAUCAGUAAACAAACGGAACACGG